CGAUCCGCUAUCACCCAGGCAACCGCCUUCGCCAACCGGCAACUGCUCGCCCUCCCUCUGCGCACGCGUGAACGCGGGUCUCCGCCUCCUCUCUUUUCGCGAUACGCGUUUCCUAGGGCAUUUGGCCCAUGGGACGCUCCGUAGGCCUAGGUGGAGUAAAUACCCGUGAUGACGAACGAGCGGUCUGGGUUGCGAUUGGCUCCUUACGCUUGUUCCCGGGACUCAGUGAUCGCCCCGCGAAGGCUGAAGGGAGUGUAGCAGUCGCCUGUGUGAACCCACCCGGAGGGCCGGCCGGCAUGCCUCGGUACGCGCAGCUCGUCAUGGGCCCCGCGGGCAGCGGGAAGAGCACCUACUGCUCCACCAUGGUUCAGCACUGUGAAGCCCUCAACCGAUCUGUCCAGGUGGUCAACCUGGACCCGGCUGCAGAGCACUUCAGCUACCCUGUCAUGGCUGACAUCCGGGAACUGAUCGAGGUGGACGAUGUGAUGGAGGACGACUCUCUGCGGUUUGGUCCCAACGGAGGAUUGGUGUUCUGCAUGGAGUACUUUGCCAAUAACUUUGACUGGCUGGAGAACUGUCUGGGCCACGUUGAGGACGAUUACAUCCUUUUUGACUGUCCAGGUCAGAUUGAGCUCUACACCCACCUACCUGUGAUGAAGCAGCUGGUCCAGCAGCUUGAACAGUGGGAGUUCCGAGUGUGCGGAGUGUUCCUUGUUGAUUCUCAGUUCAUGGUGGAGUCAUUCAAGUUUAUUUCUGGCAUCCUGGCAGCCUUGAGUGCCAUGAUUUCUCUAGAGAUCCCACAGGUUAACAUCAUGACGAAGAUGGAUCUGCUGAGUAAGAGAGCCAAGAAGGAGAUUGAGAAGUUUCUAGAUCCAGACAUGUACUCUUUGCUAGAAGAUUCAACAGGAGACUUAAGAAGCCAAAAGUUCAAGAAGUUGACAAAGGCUGUGUGUGGCCUGGUCGAUGACUACAGCAUGGUUCGCUUUCUGCCGUACGAUCAGUCAGAUGAGGAGAGCAUGAACAUCGUGCUCCAGCACAUCGACUUUGCCAUUCAGUAUGGGGAGGACUUGGAGUUUAAGGAGCCAAGGGAGCAGGAAGAAGAGUCUUCCUCCAUGUUUGAUGAGUAUUUUCAAGAACGACAGAAUGAGUGAGGUUGACUACGAAGCCACCAUCCCCCUGGCCGAGUUGAGAAGUGCUCUUCUCCUGGAGGAUGUAACUGGGGAGCUGCUGCUUGUGUCUAUAAAGAACGCUGGGCUCUAGGGAUGAGCCUCUGAGCUCUGAAACUGCUGCUGUUUCAGGAGAUUUUAUCCUGACACUAUUGUUUGGAUUUUUUUUUUUUUAAAUCAAAGUAGAAAUUAAUGCACAAAGACUUGUAUAUAAUAUAAAUCAACUUAGCCACACACCACCAGUGAUGUGCUUGUGUGUGUGUGUGUGUGUGUGUGUGUGUGUGUGCUCGCGCGCACACUCAACUAGAGCCAAUAUAACCUCACUUUUACAAUUGGGUUUUUUGGUUUUUUUUUGAGGGGUCUUUUUUUGUUUGUUUGGAGAGGUACAAAUUAUUAUAACAAAAAACAUAGAUCUACAUCAAAAUGUAAAAUUGGAAGGAUAUACAUAAAUCUAUUUUCCCAAA